UCAGGAUCCAUGUUGCCAACCUCAAAUGAUGCGGAAAAGGUUACAUAUGGUUAUGGCUAUAUGCCCCUCUUUUUAUACGUGUGUCCCCCCCCCCAUUCUCUGGUGGCUGCUGAGGCCAUGAAACACCAGAGCAUAAGUGUGGAUGGGAGCAAGAGCGAUCCACUGAAGUCUAGGCAGUCCAGCGUGAAGUGGAUCCCCACAAAUGAGCAGGCAAGGAUACUGAGGGACCUUUACCACAACCAUGGAGUGAGGUCACCUAAUGUUGAACAAAUCCAGAAAAUUUCAAGCAGGCUGAGGCAGUAUGGCAAAAUUGAAGGCAAGAAUGUGUUCUACUGGUUCUCGAACUACAAGGCCAGGGAGAGGCGGAAAAGGAGGCUCUCCGUGGACUUCCCCUCCUCCUCCUCCUCCUCCAACACCACCACUCCUCCAGGUGCAUGCAGUUGCAUAAAUCCCAAUUUAGCUCUCCCUUCAACUCUCAGCACUGAUGCUCCUUUUCAUCUGCUGGCCAUGGCCGUGUGUUGGUUCUGUGAUGUAGGGGCUGAUGCUACUUGCGCUUCACCUGGACUUCAUGCCGUUGGGCAAAUGGGGAGCUGCGAGUGCCCUGGUUCUGUGCUUACGGAGAAGAGCUACAAGGUAUAUCUUUAUCGCAAGUUUUUGUAUGUCGUGAUAUACUAUGAAUAUGCGACUAUCUUAAGGGUGAAAAGAGCUGCUACUGUUUCCGGUUCUCCCUCCCUGGAAGUGUGUCUGCGACUCUCUUAAGGGUUAACACUUUUUUCUGUUCUGAUGUAUAUUCUUUAAACGUACGGUCCUCUUGGAGCGCAUAUAAACUUCUCUAAUGCAUUCCUUGAUAAUAUUCAGGGGGCUAAUGUACUAUCGAUUUUUUUUUUUCUGAGAAAAAUAUAGCAAAGGGUCCAGGAAUUCCUAAAUAGAUUCUAGGAGCAGUUGCAUGUCUCGAUGUGACGAUAUAUUAAACCAGGAAAAGCAGUCAUAAAAGAUCGCAUUCGGAAAGAAGAAAAGAGUCUCUCAUAUGACUUAUAUUCCUGUCCUUUUUUUCUUUAAAUUGCUGAGACAGGGUUACUUCAUGAGCCGCGGAGGAGGAGAAGCAGUUUUGGAGCGCAACAGGGGGUGGGCGACGGGACUAGAGCCGCCGGCAAUGUCCCACUAUACCAGAGUCCAGAAGGCAAAAACAACUCAUGCCGAGACUAGAACACUGCCCCUCUUUCCCAUCCAUACACCAGAACAAGAGAAAGUAGAGGAGGAGGAACACCAGGGAGGAAAGCAAAGAGAAGAAGGCGGCGUUCGUUCCUCCGUAGCAGGAACGCCCCAACAACCCAAACCCAUCGGACGCAUUCCUGCCUUCAAUUUAGAUGAUGGCCGGCAACGGCAAGAAGACCAUUGCUGUCUGGAACUCACUCUUGAUUCCUACCGCCAUGUUCCCCUGAGAUCGACGUGAUCUCAUGCAGAAAGUGGCAGCAGCUUGCUUAGUCGCACUUUCUAAUUCAACUCUACGGUUAGGCUGCACUUGAUUCCUUCCCACGCAAAAAAAAAUGCAAUCCGUAUCCCCAGCGGACGCAGAGCUAAAUUUCCUUUUUUUUUUUUUUUGACUUCUUAUGCUGAGAUGGCCUGGCUUUGAAUUGAUCAUCUGUACCGCUGAACGGGCACAACUUUGAAUUGAUCAUGAGUACCGCUGAAUGGGUACAUCGAUAUAAUUUCUCGGACUCAGCAAACCCAGCUUCUGCUGCAAUGCCGCUGCCGCUGCAACUGUUUACAGUACCCUCGGCGAUGUCGACACCUCUGGAACACACAGUCCAGAUAUCCCGGCCACAAGUGGUACUGCAUUAAAGAUAACAGGGGUUUAGUGGGAGCCACGACAGCUGGGAGAAGGAGAUAGAUAUCCUUCUUCUAUAAAUAUCCUCUCACAAAUAUUCUCUUGAUCCUUCAACAACGGGGGUGGCCAUUUUGGCUUCCCUUUCAUUAAAAAAAAAGGAGAGAAGGUGGGGACCGCCGGCCACGGGGGGGGAAGCCCUCCGCACUGGAAUUUCGUACUGCAGCGUGACGGGUGAUAAACUUCUAGGCUUCUCUUUCACCAUGAAUUCUUCCAACUCGGAAGGCCCGAACGAAAGAGAGCACAGGGCCCUCGGAUGGGAACA